AUGGGCUCCAAAUCUAGAAAAGACAGAUCGCGGUCAAGAUCGCCAGUGAGAUCGCGGCGCGAGCGUGAUCAAAACGAAAAGCGCGAUAUCAUCCCGAUCUCGCAAGACGAUUAUUUCAAGCUCAACGCGUCCUUCCGACUGUGGCUCCUCAAGGAGAAAGAUCGAUACUUUGAAGACAUGGAUACAGAAAAGGCGCGGCGGUAUUUUGCAUCAUUUGUGCGCGCCUGGAAUGACGGUCGAUUGAGGUCCAAGUACUACAAGCAGGACGGCGAGCUGGCGAAUCUGUCCAAAAGCGUGGUGACUAAGCAUAGCUGGGGAUUUGCCAAAAAACUGGAUCAGGAGUUAAUCAGUGGAAUCAAGGAGGAAGUGUACAGGUCGACGCAUUCGGGUGGUAAUGCCAGUGCCAACCAGGCUGCAGUUGGCCGGACAAAGAGGGAGAGACCUGCGGAGAGCGAGCAGUUGUUUAAUGAGGAGCAAAGGGAGCGCGACCAUUUGAGCCACAGGCGGGAGAGGUGGCGGGCCAAGGAGCGAGAGGAGCUGAUUCUCGACGAAGUGGCGCCAAAGGAAACUGGACGAUCGGCUUUGCUGGCCAAGAAGCGAACACUCAAUGCGAUGCGCAAGGUGGGGAAAACCUUGGAUGUGGAGAUCCCCGAUGAGGAGCUUUAUGUUGAUUCGGGGUCUGAUUUGGCUGCAUUGAAGCGGGAUCGCGAGGUGAGGGAGAAGAGACGGCUGGAGCGGAGACAGCUGCGCAGUGGGGAGGGUGAGGCGGAGCGCGGCUCCAGGCUGCAGGAGCAGAUGGACAAGGAGCGCAGCAAGGUCGAGCUGCUACGAGCAAUGGCGCUGAAGAGUCGCGAGCAGGGGCUGGGCAUGAUGGGCGGCAGCAAGUGA